CUUCCUUGUUUACUUACGGAGUACCUCAUAAGUCCACUGACGGUCUUACAGGUAUACAAGUAGUGUAUAUCAAUCGUGUAGCGCUGUCUACCUACUCACUUGUGUAACCUCUCACCCUUCGCCUCGUAUCUCUGGCUCGCUCAAUCGUUCUUCCUUUCCUUUUUGGUGGUGGUGGCUCGGCGGGCUCAUGAGACUGCCAGCUUUAUUAUAGCCUACACAGUGUACGAAUGGAAAGUUCAUCCAGGCCUCGCUCGACCGUUCCACAAGAACGGCUGAUCCAGAUUUCGGACCAUCUCGCACCAUCUCGCAACAUGUCCGACAACCGAAUGAGUCUCGAUUUCAUCAUCGACCGGAAUGUCACUGACCAGGGAUCGUCGACGGACGGAUCUGACAAUGAGUGCCCUGCUCAGCGUCAAGCCCGCCAUCAGUACGACGACGAGCAAAAUGCCUACAUUCUUUACCUCUACUACUUUUUCAUGAAAGGAGGGGUAGACCACGACGCAAACUGGGAUGCCGUCGAAAGAAUGUUCCAGCAAAGAUUCCCACCUGAUACGCCACGUCGACACCCUGGAAGGGGCCUCAGCCAAACCUACGAGAGGCGGCAGAUUAAUGGACUGAACUCCAAGUUCUACCGCCUCCGAGAUCUCUACUUGCCACCAGGCGCGGACUUGGAGGCGAGGAAGAGAAGAGUUGCCGAUCUCGUCCGGCCUUAUGGUUUCCCACCGAUCAACCAGUUGAUCGAGAAGGCGCAGACCAACUCAAUGGAUAUACGCCCCGACGUACUGCACCUCUGAGAGGGUGGUAAGCGUGGGUCUUCAGCACGGCCAACCCAGGAUCUCUCCAUAGCAGUCUAUUUGCUAGCAGGCAUACGAUCAACUGUUAAUGGACUUCCUUCCGA